UACUACUAGGGUUUGGGGUUCUGCUGAAUGCUGAUGGAAAUAUUUCAAUCUAGGAGAGAGGGAAACACAAGGAGGAAGAAAUGGCUAUGAUGCAACUGCAUGGGCGCACGAAGAGCGUUGUGAAGCGCUCAAAGAAGUACUUGGAGGAAGCACUUUACCAGAGACUCUUCAAAGAAGGCGGAUCUGAGGCGAGUGUCCGGCAGCAGCUGAAUCAGUUCAUCAAGAGUGGCAAGCGCGUUUACAAAUGGGAGGUCGGAGAUACCCUCAAGAAGCUUCGUUCUCGCAAACUCUACGGUCCUGCUCUCAAGUUAUCAGAAACCAUGGGUAAGAGGAAUAUGAUCAAGACUGUCAGUGACCAUGCUAUACAUUUAGAUCUGCUUGCAAAAGCUCGGGGUGUCACAGCUGCUGAAAAUUAUUUCAUUGAUCUUCCUGAAUCGGCAAAAAAUCACCUUUGUUAUGGUGCCCUUUUGAACUGUUACUGCAAAGAAUUGAUGACUGAGAAAGCUGAGGGACUUAUGGAGAAGAUGAAGGAGCUCAAUCUUCCUAUAACCUCCAUGCCUUACAACAGCCUUAUGACUCUUUACUCAAAAGUUGGGCAACCAGAGAAGAUCCCAACCAUUAUACAAGAAAUGAAGGCAAGCAAUGUCAUGCUGGAUUCUUACACAUACAAUGUCUGGAUUAGAGCCCUUGCUGCCAUGAAUGACAUAUAUGGUGUCGAUAGGGUUAUUGAUGAGAUGAAGAGGGAUGGUCGAGUCACCGGAGAUUGGACGACAUACAGUAAUUUAGCAUCAAUUUAUGUUGAUGCUGGCUUGUUUGAGAAGGCUGAAUCAGCACUCAAGGAAGUGGAGAAGAAAAGUGCUUGCAAGGAUCUUACUGCUUACCAGUUUCUAUUGACCUUAUAUGGGCGAAUUGGAAAAGUGCUUGAGGUCUAUAGGGUCUGGCGUUCUUUGAGGGUGGCAUUUCCUAAAACUGCAAACAUUAGCUAUCUGAACAUGAUCCACACAUUGGUCAACUUGAAUGAUCUUCCAGGAGCAGAAAAAUGUUUUCGGGAGUGGGAAUCUGGGUGCUCUAGUUAUGAUAUCCGGAUUGUAAAUGCUUUGCUAAGAGGAUAUGCCAAACAAGAUUUGAUAGAGAAGGCUGAAGAGCUUAAAGAGAGGGCUCGGAAGCGAGGGGCAAAGCCAAAUGCUAAAACCUGGGAGAUCUUUCUGGACUACCACUUGAGAAGAGGAGACUUCAAGCUUGCAGUGGACUGCAUAGCUAAAGCUGUAUCUAUUGGUAGAGGAAACGGUGAGAAGUGGACCCCGCCAUCUGAAAUUGUUGAUACUAUGAUGAGGCAUUUUGAGCUAGAGAAGGAUGUUGAUGGUGCCGAAGGUUUUAUAGGGAUCCUGAAGAGUUCUGUGGAUUCCCUAGGUGCUGAAGUGUUUGAAUCUCUUAUUAGAACUUAUGCAGCCGCUGGUAAAACCAGCUCUGUAAUGCGCCGACGAUUGAAGAUGGAAGAGGUGGACUUGAGUGAAGACAGUAAGAAGUUGCUUGAGGCAAUAAGCGUGGAUUAAUUCAUGCUUGGGAACUCCCCUGGAAGUUAGAAUUGCGAUGGAGGAAAAUAUCAGAUCCAGUGGUCUGUCUGCGAUGUUUACUUUGGUAAUAAAAUCAGAAAAUUUGCUGAAAAAUAUUGUCACACAUACAGUCCACCAUGAAGGGCCCUCUUUUUUUGAUUGUUCAUUAAAGUGUCCCAUUGUUCUACAGCCACAUUCGUUUACUACUAUUACUUAAGGAUUGCUCCAAUUUUAGAGCGAGGCUGCUAGAACUGGCCCUGUAUUUGAAGUCCCAAAAAGGUUAGUCCAUGGGAGCCUGACCAAGUUUUUUUGUGAUAAUGGUUUCAGUAUGUUAUGGAUUUAGCAUAUGUGCUGGUUGAAGUCGAA